UUGACGAGUGAUUUUUGCUUUGUUAUUCCUAUUGCUGAUCAAAAUGACUACGAUUCUACAAAGAGCUGCUAUUAACUACCUUAGGAGUAGCGCACGUUCAUCAUCACACGCUGCCAGUGCUGGGAGUCAUGGAGACUGGAAGUUGUGGAAAAAUCUCUCUUUGUUUGUGGCCAUGCCUGCUGUUGGUCUUGGUAUGUUAAAUGCCUAUCUGGCUCAUGCUGAAGAGCACCAUGAACGUCCUGAGUUUGUACCUUAUGAAUAUCUGCGAGUUCGCACAAAGCGUUUCCCAUGGGGUGAUGGCCAGAAAUCCCUCUUCCAUAACCCCCAUGUUAAUGCUCUGCCCAGCGGUUAUGAAGAUCAUUAAACCAUUGUUGUUGUCAACAGUCAUUUUUAGUGAUACUUACUGAAGCUGUUUUAGUUUAUCGGAAUUAAUUAUAAUAUGUCAAUAAACAAUGUAAAAGCUUAUGUAUUGUUGUAUUAUUUAAAUCCUGUUUGUUGAAUGAGUAUCU